AGAACCAGUCUGUAAGCUCAGACAGACCAUGACUGGCCGUAACUACAAAGCGCCAGCUGCGUAAUUGCACAAGAUGCGGAGGUUCUUUCUAAUUUGUACCUGUGUCGCUUUCGAAUUACAGCUGCUCUGUGGAUUUUUGUUGCAUGGAUAUAAAAGCCUUCCCAGACUUCGAAUCCACGAGCCAGUCAUGGUUGGACAUACGUACCAAACCAAACAGCCACACACCAUACUCUUUUUCCACAAUAACUCUGCAGAAGUGAUUGUUGGAGGGACAGAUUUUAUCAUCAGACUCAGCACAAAGGACUAUACGGUCAAAGAGAUAUUUUAUCUAAACGCCACCGAGCAGAAGCCGUGCCCAGAAAGGCAUACAUGUAAAAAUGUCAUCAAUGUCAUUGAGAGUUUUGAUGGUGGCUUGUUUGUCUGUGGAAGAAACGAUUCCAGGCCAACAUGUUGGAAACUGGACUUAUCGUCAAACAAUGAAACUUCUAGAAUAGUAAGGAGUUAUAGUGGGAAAGCCAUCUCUCCUGCAUCCUACAACAUAAAGACACUUUCAGUGGUUGCAGACGGGGACCUCUAUGCAGCAGUGCCUCUGAAUGCAGACAAAAGUACAUUUCAAUUUAGAAGGAGAGCUGGCAACAGACGUGAGGUGUGGAUGUCUAAGAAUUGGAUGAAAGAGCCUACAUUUAUCUCUGCAUCCUGGGUGAAACGGCUCCAAGACCCUGAAAAUGAAAUGAUUUACAUUUUCUUCCAGGAAAAGAACCCAAGCACCAGCCCAGAUGCAGACCCUUUUGUAUCCGAGGUUGCCAGAGUGUGUAAGGUCGAUGAAGGUGGAUCCAAAGCGGUGCUCCAAAACAUGUGGACUUCGUUUUUGAAGACUCGUCUGGUUUGUGGAUUUCCCGACAAAGCGCUGUAUUUUAAUCAUCUUCAAGAUGUCUAUGUGGUGCAUGACGACAACUGGGCCAACACCAGGGUCUAUGCCUUAUUCUCCAGUAACUGGAACUAUUCUGCAGUUUGUGUCUAUACUGUAGGUAUGAUUGAACACAUAUUUCAAAGCUCUACUUUCAAGGGCUAUUCAAAGAGCAUACCGACUCCAAGACCAGGAAUGUGUCACCCAAACAGCAGGAGCUUGCCAGAGGAAACGUUGCGUGUCGUGAAGGAUUAUCCACAAAUGACCGAUUGGGUUCGACCAGUAAACUCCAUAGCACCAUUUUAUAUCAGCAGGAUCAAUUACACCAGGAUGGUUGUGGACCAAGUACAGGCUGCGGACCAGCUCAUGUAUAAUGUUUUACUUUUGGCCACUGAUCACGGAAAGAUCUAUAAAAUCCUAGACACUGGGUCUGAGCCUUUCAUCAUCUCUGAAAUGCAGCUGCAGAGCAGUUCAACUAUACAAACCAUGAAACUGGACACACAAAAGAAACAGUUAGUUGUGGGUUUCUCAGAGAAACUCUUCAUCUUGGAUCUUGAAAGUUGUCAGAAUUACAACAGGUCCUGUGCUGACUGUGUUCUUGCUCAGGACCCAUACUGUGCCUGGACUAGGUCUGGCUGCAGCCCAGCUGUGCUUGGGGGCAUUCAGAAUGUCAAGAAUGGGCAAACAACUCAGUGUUUUUCAUCAGUGGAAGGUACAGUAGCUACAAACUGUGUUACCUGCCCAUCGAUUUCCACUCACAUUUACAUUAUUUUACCUUUUCUUUCUGCUGCAGAAAAAGCGGAAGUCAACCGGUUCAAGCGGGAGACUCAUAUAUUGUCACCCAAAAGUGUAACAGUUCAUACGGUCCCACUCAACGUCUCCCUCUACCUGUCGUGUCCAAUAGAGUCGUACCAUGCCGUGUACACCUGGGAGCACGAUAAGCAGGAAAGCACUUGUGAACAAAUGCAGUCCUUCUGCCUAAACCUCAUCCCAGCAGUUGCACGAGAGCAUUAUGGAACCUACAACUGCAUCUCCGAAGAGAAAGACUACAAAAAGUUGGUGAAACAGUAUCAGCUCGUAGCACCAGUUGUCAUAGAAACAAAGACGAGGAAAGUUGUUGAAGACUCGUCACACACGUGUGUAUCACUGACAUUAUUAACUGUUCUCGGACUGACUGUUGCACUUUUACAGCUUACUACAUGAUCACCAUGUCUAACAUUCUAUUCUCAGGCUCUUCGUCUGGUUCUGGCUUCCUCUUACUGCUGCUCAAGCAAGGAUAUAAGCCGCAAUAAAGCAUCAAGCAUCAUAACAUCACAUCAACUAGAUAUGUAACUUGCUGUAUUAUUAUAUAUUAAUACAUUAUUUUAUAUAUAUAUAUAAGUAUAUAUUAUAUAUAUAUGUAAAUAUAUAAUAUAUAUAAUAUAAAUAUAUAUAAUAUGUUUUCCAGACUUCCACCCACAUAGUUCCAUUAGUGAAUAUCUCAUUACUGCAUUAUGGUAGCACUUGAUGAUACAAAUUAAAACUGUAACUGUAUCAUUUGAAUUUUGUGUUUGUUUGUUUGUUCAGAGGGACCAUUAUUCAAUGGUUUGGGCUUUACAGGGUUAAGGAAACCAUUUCAAGAAUCUGUAGUGUAAUCAGUCUGGCACUCUCCCCACCAAGUCUCUACUGACCACAUUAACAAGGAGAAUGAAAACACACACCCUCGAGGUUGGAAAUGUGUGCACUUUAGAAACAUUUUUAAUUCAACCUCCCAUUUAAAUGAAGGGUCUUAGAUAUUAUUUUCUAAAGCCGUACACUCCACUGCCUACAUUAUAGCUGCCACCUUUACCAUGAACCCAGAAAACAACCUCUGUUUAGACGUUCAGACUGUUGUAAUCUUGGCAAACCAA